GAUGGUACCUGCCACUGCCAUUGGUUCUGGUUCCCCCUCUGCCGUCUCGGCCGGUCCUCAAACUCUUCCAGGGAAUGACCCGUCUGUCUGGUGGAGUCCAGAGCUCCAGAACCUUCCUGAAUCCAACAACCUGCAGCUCCUAGAAUGUCUCAUCUCCGAGGUGGGACGUCCUUCCUCUGCCUUGAAAGACCAGCAGCAGAAUCCUGCUUCAAGGCAGACGGGCAAACGAAAGAAACCAAACAGACUGGAACAAGGUUCUUCAGCUGGAGUUGAUCCACCAUCAGAGUGCAGAUCAUCUGACCCAACCAGGACUGGAGCUUCGGACCAGGACCUCAUUGUGGUGCUGUCAGACGACGAGUCGUUGCCUGACGUGUAUGAGGUUCCACCCAGCGUUGAGGACGUCCAGUCGGUUCUUCCUCCAGUUACUGUUGGAGGUUCAGAUGACGAGAUCAGUAUCGUUGAGCCCAAACCUCCCGGGGACGAGUCCAAAGCGAAAACAUUUACAUUUAUAGAAAGGGACAUCUUUGAUGAACCAGCUUCACCGGCAGCGUCAGAGGACAGGAUGUCCACUGCCUUGUCUGAAGUACCUGAACUGGGACUCAAACUGUCUUCCUCUGAAACAUCUGAUAGUGACGAUGAAGACUUGCAGAGCAUUAGGACUGAACAGCAGGACUACAGUCAGCUCCGCUGGCAGCCCACCGUGUCUCUGCUGAGACUUCCCCUGUCCCUACCCGGACAUGGACGGCCCCUGCCUCGCUACCAUUUCAUCCUUGGAGAGAAGCAGGACGAGCUGUACCUGCAGGAGAUGGAGGAGAACGAUCAGUCCAGCAAUGAGGACAUCUCAGAAUCAUCACUGACCACGACUCUGAUGUCACCGAAGACUUCACCAUUCUUCACUCUACAGAGUCUCCACUGUCCCUGGAGGUCAUUUCCUGUGCUGCUUGUGGAGCAUCCAGUGCAUCAAAGAUCUGCACCGUCUGCGGUCGGGGUACCACAGAGACUGCCACGUCCCUCCGUUUGGACCGGACAUCUGGUCAGAGCUGGUCUGCUCGCUCUGUCAGGACCUGUCAGACCCGUCGGACCCCUACAGCUCCGACAGACCCAAGAGUCCACACGGUUCUUCCCUCAGCCUGCAUGACCAGCGG